CAGCCAUCUUGUACUUCGAGCGAGGUGCAGAUAGGAAGGAAGAAAAAAAAAACGGCAGGACAAAAUACCAGUGUUUUGUAUUAUACGAUCAGUAAUGUCCGUCAAGUGACCGAAUCUAACGAAGACAGUGUUGAGGUGUGAUCGGUGGGGGUAAAUCAGAGGAAGUUGCCCCAGUGCCCCUGAUUUUAAGACGGACAAGUCAUCAUCAUCAUCAUCAUCUCUAUCUCUUCUGCUCGAAGAGGAAAGAGUCAGAACUCCUGCUGAGCCAAACGAAAACACACCAUGAAUCCAGAAUAUGAUUACCUGUUCAAACUGCUCCUCAUCGGUGACUCUGGAGUGGGGAAGUCAUGUCUUCUAUUGAGAUUUGCUGAUGACACAUACACAGAGAGCUACAUCAGCACCAUAGGCGUGGACUUCAAGAUCCGCACUAUUGAACUGGAUGGCAAGACCAUUAAGCUACAGAUUUGGGAUACUGCAGGGCAGGAAAGGUUUCGCACCAUCACCUCCAGUUACUACAGAGGAGCCCAUGGCAUCAUUGUGGUCUAUGAUGUCACAGAUCAAGAGUCAUAUAACAAUGUGAAACAGUGGCUGCAGGAAAUAGACCGCUAUGCAAGCGAAAAUGUCAACAAGCUGCUGGUGGGAAACAAGUGUGACCUCACCACCAAGAAAGUAGUGGACUACACAACAGCCAAGGAAUUUGCUGAUUCUUUAGCCAUCCCCUUCCUUGAGACAAGCGCUAAGAAUGCCACGAAUGUGGAGCAGGCCUUCAUGACUAUGGCUGCCGAGAUCAAGAAACGCAUGGGCCCUGGAGCAACAACCGGAGGAGACAAGCCCAACCUGUUGAUCGAUAGCACUCCUGUGCGGCAGUCAGGUGGUGGCUGCUGUUGAAGAGCCUGAGCGUGCGCGCACACACACACACACACACACACACACACACGCCAACCAUCCCUUCUCCCUUAAACACAUUUUCUCACACACACCAAAAAGCUCAUGGAAAAUUCUCAUGGGAGGAACCACUGCAUUAAGAGCCAAUGUUCUGAACACCUUACGGCUUCUUUUUGAAAUAGAAUAUUUUAUGACAUCACAGUCUUCUUGUUUUUAUUGUCCAGUUUCCUGUACAUCAGCCCCACCUACAUCAAUAACCCCACCCCUUUGUUCUUCAAGUCCAGACUGGAGGUUUUGUACAGUCAUAUGUUCAUGCAUAGAGAUGUCUAUGAUAAGAGAAAAUCUAGGGGUGAUGCUCAAUUCUCCUAUUAAACUCCAGUGGAGAGGUUGUUUAAAUUGAAGAUAACCCAUUUCUCUUGUAUUUCUUAUUUACACGCACACACAAGUUGUAAUGUAUACAUUACAUGUAUACACUUGAAUGAUUUAAGGUUUUGUGCGUGAGGGCAUGGCUUCUUAGGCUGACAGGAAGUCAACAGUGCAUACAAUGUUGGCAAUAUUCUACUUGUGCUCAUCCUACUAGUAUAUUAUUGUUAUUAUGGUGAUUUUUAAGACUGAUUUUUUUCUGUAGUUUUUCUAAUGAAGGCUUGUACAAAGGCUUACUGCUGUCAGAUUACCUCAUGUGGUAAGGGGGGGGGACUACGGUUGUUUUUUGUUUGUUUAUAGUCUGGACUUUUUGGUGGGUCCGGGGUUUAGGUUGGUUGAUGAAAGCUACUGUUCCCUCUGUUACCUCAAUGACCAUGGCUUCUUUUGUCCAAACUGGAGACUGAACAUCUGAGUAUCUUGAACUCGGCACUUUUUGACGUGGUUGAUUCCUCCCAUUGUCAGCAUUUUUGUGGCUUUGGUGUGGAAGCUUUACAUUUUGGUAUAAUUUUACCAUCUUGUUGUGUUGGACAUCCACUGAAGCCAGUAAACCUUAAGUGCUCCCAAAAUGGUCCAUCAUGCAUAGCAAGUGUUUGUGCUUGCGGUAUAUGCAUGUAUUUAUUUCCAUACAGUAAAAAUAUUAGCAUUUUUGUGAGGGCCUUAAUUUUUUCACCAAUUAAAAUGUGUUAUUAGGAGCCAGUUCGGUGUGUCUGAACAAAGGAAUAUUGGGAUUGACUGGUCUUUUAUAGAAGUCCGGAUAUGACCUCCCAUUUUCGUUAAUGAAACUUUAGACCUAACAUGAAUCAAUCAAUCUCUCUGGAUACUUACAGUACUUUGGGACCUUUCUUAAGAACUUUCAAGUGAAGUAUCUUUAUUUUUAGUGCAGAACCUCAUUCAGAUGUUGCCUUGGGUGAUUUGAUAGGUUCAAAUGGAUGCUCUAGGGCAACCCAGAGCCUCUAUGCUCAUCUCCAUGAGGUUAAAUGUCAGACUUGUCUACAUUCAGCAAAUUUCGAACACAGACUCUAUGGGUGAUUGUGAUUUAGUCCUGCUAUCCUCUGUUGGCCUGACAGCAGUGUUUUUGACCUGGCUGUUUAUUAUGUGCAACUUGGAUCUGUAAAAGCAUAGAUAUCAUAAACUUCACUACUAUUAGUGCAUCCCUCUGUCUUAAAUAGGAUAGUUUCACCGUCAUUAUAUUGGAUCACUUAAUGCCAGUGUAAUCUAGUUUUGACACCACUAACACUUGCCAAUGCUAACUUAACCACACAGUUUUGUCACUAACAAUCUGCGGUGGAUUUGCUUGUAGUAUUUUGUAACUGAAUUGGUAGCGUUGGGUUGGAGGGGGCAGUAGCAGGGAUAUGGGUGUGUGUGCAGUGACCGGGAAUGAGGGAUGAGCAAGGGGCAACUGUGUUAGGGAACAUUCUUUUUGAUUUUAAAAUGAAAAGUUAUGUCUGUGUGAAAUUAAAACCAUAUCAGAAAGUUAAAUUUAAAACCCACACAUUCACACAUUAAAAACAAGUGCUUUUUUUGGGGAUGUUUUCUGAAUGGUCAUUUGUUUUCUCAGAAGGUUUGUUAUGAUGAUUUUUCUUUUCUUUUCUUGGAAUUUAAGAGUUUUGUGCUGUGUGUCUGUUAUCGGAAGAAUUGGGGUGGGGGGUCUGAUUAGGAAAGGGGAGGGUUGGUUGUAAAUGUGAUGAAACGUUCUUAUGCUUUUCAACUUUUCUAUUUUUACUUUUUUCACAUUAGUCACAUUAGCACAUCUUAUUUUGGAAUUAGGACAUGGCGAUGGUAAAAUGGCAGGCACCUCUUUAGUAGUUUCCCUGUCUUAUAUACAGGCACAUGCUCUUUCUCUCCCCUGUUUGCUUGCUCAUCCCGGUGCUCUGUUUCAUAGCUGGGUUUGAUCUUGUUUUCUCUUCUAUGUACAUAUUAUAAAUAUAUAUAAUAAAAAUUAUCAACAUGAGAAUUAAAGAUGAC